AUGGUAUUUGAAGCACUACAAACACUACGCAACGAACUUACACCUUUAGGCCAUAAUACUGGUCGUGUUCAUCAGCUAUCCCUAUUUAUGAUGUGUAGCGGGCGCGAUGAAUUACAGACACGUGCAGGCUGGGAUGGUAAAGGACCAGCCUCUAGAGCUGCGCUUAUGGACAGACUGCAAAAAUAUUCUGCCACCUUCCAUUAUGUUACCACCACGCAGACUCCAUUCUUUACUUUGUCAGGCUGUGAAAUGCAAAAUCAACAGUGCACGUAUCAUAUUACUCACACGCAGUAUAUCUAUGAAUUUCAUUAGAAUUUAAAGAGUGUA